UCUUGACACUUUUUACUCAACAAAAUAAUUUCAAUUAUUUAUUUGUAUGUCACUCACUUAUGUGGAAUGUACGUACAUACCUCAAACGUCGGUAGUGGAGAAGGGAUAAUGAUAAUUAUGAACGAGUUGUGAACAUAGUUACGUUAAUUGCUAUUAGUUAUGUAGAUUAUCAAACGUCAAGUCGCUAUUGUUUGUAGCCGCGAGUUCACAAGUGCAAUCUAAAAACUUCACCAUCAUAUUUUCCCACGGAAUGCAAAGAAAGUCGUGAAAGGUUUAAGUCUGAAGCAGUGUUAUGAUUGUCAGUGCCUUAUAUUUAAAAGUUUUUAUACACAAUUAAGAAAAAUAUUACGAUAUGUUUUAACUGUUGACUUAUUGGUAUUGAAAAUUGUGUUAUUUGUUACAAUACACGGCCAUGGCGGGAUUUCAAGCCCGCGAUACUAUGCCAAAAAUGGGCCACGUGACGGACCUCCGGGAACAGUGGCUGGUGCGAGCUGAUGGUGCACUGGCGCACCGUUUGCAAGACCGAGAGAUAUCCUCACAUUUGUGUGAGAACAGGUACCGUAACCAGCAGAUUCGUGAAGAUUUUCCGCUCGCUUUAAACGAACAGAGAGGGAUAGACCAUGAAUUGCAUUUGCGUGAGGCAUCGCGUGUGCGUCAAGCCGAGAUAGACGCGGAAAUAGCUAGAGAAAUAGCCGAGAUUAAUCUACGUAGGCAGCGCCGUCAGCAUUCCGAAUUACUGCAGCAACCGAGCUCCUCUAGAGCACCGCCCCCUGCACCAUUACCGGAGAGCAAUGAUCUUGAUCCUGUACAACUCGGGUUGUCUCCUGUUGAGCUGGAAGAAAUGAGGAAACGACUGGAACAAGAGGAAUAUGAUGCAAGGUUAGCCAGAGAAUUGAGUCAUGAAGUGCAAGAUCAAGAUGCGUUAUUAGCCGACAUGCGAUGUGCUGUUGAGGCUCAGGAUGGAGAACUAGCGAGGCUCCUGCAGGAACGGGAGUAUAAGAAACUGCAACGAGCAAAAGAGAAAGCAAGACAGAAGGCAUUGUUGAAGAAACAGCAGCGGUUGGCGCAGCAAAGAGAGAAUGAUCUACCUCAAUCUCAACAAGCAACACUAUGUGAUGCAUACAGUAACCCACGUGAUAUAAUAAGAGAUAACAGACUUCGAUUAUGCAAAUCUGUUGAUUCCGAUCUGAAUUAUGUUGAGCCGUUUGAAAAGGAACAUAUUCAGUCCAAAGCCAGUGCUUUACAAUCAAAGGAAAUAUCCAACCAGUACUUCUCUCAAGAACCUGGUACUUCAAACAGCACUUACAGUCAUGGUAGAUCUGAUUUGAAUAGAGAGAGUUCACCAAGUGGCAAUAAUGCCUCGUUGCUGCAACAUAGACAGCCUCCUCCACCACCGAUGAUGGGGAAGAAGCCCAGAUUCCCCGACCCAGUGAGCAUCAGGCCCGCAUCCCACUAUCCGACUGAUAACCCUAUACCAGUUAGCGACAUUCCCCCGAGUCCCCCAGAUGUGUCAAGUAUACCACAUAGUUAUAGUGAAAAUAACAAUUUAUACAGCUCUACAUUUCCAAUGGAUAAUGGUAACAGUCCUGCACAGCGCUUGGCUCAUGAUGGCAGAAUGGACAAUUCGAAAAGACUGUCAGUUAUAUCAGAUAUAACUGCUGAAGGCCUAGCCAAGAAAAAGAGUAAACAAGAAAUGCAAAAAAAACGAAGGGCCUGUAAAAUACAGUGAUCCCUUUAAACCUCAACAAAGGUCAUGUACUUAAGAUUAACAAAAUGAUGAUUGGAAGAAAACAUCCAGAUUUAUCUGAUACACACUCAAACAAGAAUUAUUUUGUGAUAGAUAAUUAAUAGCAGCUGAUUUUAUAGUCAAUAGCAUUACUCAUUUUAUUGAAGCUAAUUCAAUAUUAUAAUAUUUUCGAAAAUAACAGAUUUACUAAGUCACUGGAUGACACGACACAUCUACAAAAAAAAUAUUAAAUAUGAUAAAUUUCCCUAUAAUAUGAUAAAUAUGACUAUAUUUAUCAAAACUGUGGCAUUAGUUUUUUUUCAUUGCUUUACAUUAAUGACAAUUAAUGUUUUUUUUAUUAAUAAAACUGACAAUGAUUAUGGCAAUCGAAAGAAAACAUGAAAAGAAUGAAAAGAUGCAGAACACAAAAAAUAGAUUUGAUUGAAUUAAGAAUCUCAUUUAAAAAGAAAAAAGAUUCUCAUUUAAAAAAAGAAUCUCAUGCUUUUUUUUAAUUCAGUAAAAAUUAAUAACAAGUAUUGAAUUGAAUGAUUAUUGCUCAAAAGUUUAUACAUAUAUCAAAACAUUUCAGUUAUUUGCAACUGUAUACUGAUUAUCUUUAUACAUUUAAGCUGUUUAUUUAGUGUAGGAUAUUAUUUAUUUCAUAAUCUUAAUAUAAAUUAUAUAUAUUUUGCAGAUGUACCUGCAUGUACCAAUGAGCCAUUUUUAUAAUUCUAAGGUCUUGUUGUGCCUUAUGUAGAAGUUAAGUACUAAAUUACAUUCCAAUUUGUGAUUGGUCAUUAUUUUGUAAUUCUAAAUUUGAAUAUUAAGAGCACUGUAUUAAUAAAAAAAUAAUAGGUAUUUUAUGUCUUUAGAAACUAACAUAACAGCUAUUUUCUCAUCUAUUGUUUACCAAUAUAUAUAGUGUAAUAUAUUUACAAUUACUGCAGUAUAAACUUUUAAGACAUGUUAUAUGUUGACUUGGAACCUGUUCUGUAACACUUGCAAUUCUUCCUUAUUUCAAACAGAUUAAAAUUAAGGAUAU